UAGGCUGUAGAAAUCUCACCACCACCAAGAACAAAUCCCUUCACAUAAAUUCAGUCCAGGAAAACAAUUUUAAAUUAAAAAAAAAAAAUAAAAAGAAAAUGUUGUCUGCUACUAAGCUUCAGUCUCCUUUUCUUUGUUGCCCUCUCAAGCUCUCUUCAUCUCCUUCAUUGUCUCUUUCCCAGAAACCCUUCAAAACCCAGCGCUCGCCGCCUUCUUUUCCAUGUAUUAGAGCUGAUCUUGACCAAAACACGAUUGUAGCAAUUUCAGUUGGAUUUGUGAGCAUUGCAGUUGGGAUUGGAAUUCCAGUGUUCUAUGAAACCCAAAUUGACAACGCUGCCAAAAGAGAGAACACUCAGCCAUGCUUUCCCUGCAGUGGCUCCGGUGCUCAGAAAUGCAGACUUUGCAUGGGGUCUGGCAGUGUAACAGUUGAGCUUGGCGGGGACGAGAAAGAAGUCUCACAGUGCAUCAACUGCGAGGGCGUUGGUUCUUUGACAUGCACAACAUGUCAAGGCAGUGGUAUUCAACCUCGAUAUCUUGAUCGCAGAGAGUUCAAGGAUGACGACUAAAGGAGCAAGAGCAAUACGCAGGUGCAGUCGAGUCGACUCAAAUUAGCUGCUUUCAAGAACUAACAGAGAUUACAUAAGAUUUUGCGAGUCUUUUGUCUUGCCUGUUGAACAAUUGUUUUGCACCAUUUUGUCUGUGUAAUGAUCAAAGAGAAUACUAUUAAUAUUAUUCAAUUUCCCCAUUUGGUUGUUUCU